AUGUCCGCCAUGCAAGCGUCCAAUAGACUACGAACAUCACUGCUGGAGGGAAAGAAGGCAUUCGGUGCCUGGCAGAUGCUUCCUGGGGCGAACGUGUCACGGGUACUGGCGAGAUCAGGAGUUGACUGGGUGCUAAUAGACUGUGAACACGGCAACAUAGAUGAUGGCGCAAUGCACGACGCCGUGCCAGCUAUUGCGGCACUAGGGGUUUCGCCUAUCGUGAGAUUGCCUGAUAUGCAAGGAUGGAUGGUAAAACGUGCACUUGACAGCGGAGCUCACGGUAUCGUUGUUCCGUUGCUGAGAACACCCGAAGAGGCGAGACAGCUCGUCCAAUCUGCCAAAUUCCCCCCUCAAGGCAGACGAGGCUUUGGAUCUCCAAUUGCUCCCGAGCGAUUUCAUCCUGAGCCAACCUUCACGCAGUACCUUCAGCAAGCGAACGAUUCUCUUCUAACCAUCGUUCAGAUCGAAACCAGGGAGGCACUUGAGUCAAUUGAUGAGAUUGCUGCUGUGGACGGGAUUGAUGUGUUGUUCAUUGGACCCUUUGACCUAGGAAACGCCAUUGGCCACCCUAUCAUCGAAGGAGUUAUGGCCUCGGAACUGAAAGAUGCCAUUGCCAAGAUUCUUGCUGCUAGUCAAAAGGCGGGCAAGAAGACAGGAGUAUACUGUACAGGAGGAGAACAAGCGAAGGUAUAUGCCGAUCUUGGAUUCGAUAUGAUGAAUGUGGUGACAGAUUACACGUCUCUGGGGCUUGUAGUCAAAGAGCAGCUCAGUUUUGCUGAUGGAAGCGUGGCGCCGGUCAGAGGACAGGGUUACUAA